UUUCUUUUAUUGCGUGUAAAUGCCACCAUAUUUUGGUUAAUAUUGGCUUACUUUUUUUUUUUAUCUCCGCAUGUCUUCAGACGAAAAAGGCGCAACUUUAGCAAAGAGGCUACAGAAGUUCUCAACGAAUAUUUCUACUCACAUUUGGCAAACCCAUAUCCAUCAGAGGAGGCUAAAGAAGAGCUGGCUAAAAAAUGUGGAAUCACAGUCUCUCAAGUUUCUAACUGGUUUGGGAAUAAACGAAUUCGUUACAAGAAGAACAUCGUAAAGGCUCAAGAAGAGGCUAAUAUGUAUGCAGCAGCGACCGCAGCGGCCGCCGCCGCUGCCAGUUCCGGUGGUUUGCCACCUUCCGGCGGAGCACCAACGGGCGAUGAGGUAACAUUCAAUCUAAAGAGUAUUCCAUUCGACUUAAUUAAGGAGAUGGCUUCUAUUAUUUUCAAUACUUUUUAUACUUCAUUAAUUUUGGGCUCAACUGUAGUUUCAGACAUUUAG